GUGUGAUCGUCGCUUCCAACUUGUCGGUCAGAGGUUCUAAUACUUCAUCAGCCACCUCGUCCACGAAGAUAAUUUCAUCGUUCUUAUCUUUUGGAAGAUUCAGCAUGGUUUCUUGCGGUAGAUGUUGUUGAACAAAACAGUUUUCUUCUGUUUGGCAUGAUCCGUGAUUCCCUUGCGAUGCGACGAAGAGAAAUAAAUAAAAAGGUCAGACAUGAUUGCAAGAAUCAAAGUUUGCGAUUUGGAUUAUCUACCCUUCUUGAAUGCUAACGCGAUACACGCGUUGUUUGCAGCACGUAUACUUCGCCUUUCUUUUAAACAACGAGCUUACGUACUCGCUUUGAACUGUCGGCGAGUUUAACCGAAACCGAUCUGCUUGCCAGCAUGCAGAUCGAUAGAAUGCGAACUUCCAUUCAUUAAAUCGGAACUAGCUGAUGUCAUGAUGUCAUGAAAAUGUCACGAAGCGUCUGGCAACACUCUGUUCUUUUAUGUGGUUUCAGCUAUGCUUAUACUGUUUUGCAGCCAUUCAAAAAUAUUUCAUGCAGAAAAGCAUUCAGAUAGUAGACAUUAAUAGUUUAGAAUGGAAAUAUAAAUUUCACUUCAGAUUCUUCUUUGUUCUAUAAAACGUUUAUCACGCACGAUUCAUUGUUUCUUUGUUGUACAACGUACAGGUGAUUUAGAAUCAAAGAGAAAACAAUGCGUUUCAAACGAGGGAGCGGAGUCCCGCUCCAGGAAAAUAUUCUUCGUGAGAAAUCGAGACCGGACCGAGAGCGAACCGAACAAGUGGCUCAAGUGGCUAUUCUUCGAGAGCAAUCGGGACCGGACUGGGAUCGAAGGAAAAUCGGAGUGAGACUGAAGUGUGACUGGACCGGAGCUCUCAUAAGAUUUACAUUGGAGUAUAUUUUACCGGACCGAGAUCGGACCGAGACCGAACCGAUAGUGUAUAUUCAGCCUUAGAGUCCGCGAGUUGCGUGCUACUGCCAUGUGCUUGUACCCAGAGCAAGUUUCAAGACGUGCUUUCUGUCAAGGCUUUAAAACCAGUAGAAGGGAGAACGGCAAUUAUAUAUUGUUUGUUGAAGCUCGUGGACGAAUUCCAAGAUUAAGUCUUUGUAUCAGCGCGUUUCCCCUAAAGAAUACUGUGUUUAUUGUACUCGGAAGGAAACGGGAACGGAUCAAAUUUGUAAUCCUGGGUAGAGCGUUAUUAAAGAGAUUCAUUGUCAGUGUAUUUUCCCAUCGACGCAACGGUGAUUCCCCAUUCAAGACACGCUUAGCAAUUCCGCUAUAGGUACACAAAUGUAUUCAUCAUUGUAUUGUGUAACGAUACGGAGAAUCGCUGGCUGCAGCAGAAACUUUCCUCCUUCGCAGAUUCCUUGAAACUUGUUCGUUUCAUUUAGUACCCUCUAAUAAUAAAACUACCGAAAAAGGAUUAUGAAUUGAUCUAAGUUUUACAAGAGAUAGAAUAUUGAAUGCCCAUCAUUAUCCAAUACAAAAGCUGAAAUUAUUUGGGACAAUUCUAUCUUUGUAUAGCUAUGUAGAAACACAUUAUCGAACUGUUCCGUUGUCAAGCAAACAACGACUUUGAUUUAGGAACCAAGGCAUUCUUAUAGUGGCGUUCAGGCAAAUCCACUUUCUAAACUCUUGAACUUUCAUCCAUAUCAUCAAACUGAACAUGAAGAGAGGUGGAAAUGAAGAUUCAGAAGUGUUGCUCUCACUGCCCAGGAAAGCUGGUCGCCUUGAGAAGCAACGAGUUUCACGAAUGUUGUCAACCAAAUUAUGUUUCCGGAAAUUUAAAAGUGUCCUCUCUGAGAAAACGUGUACCAGAAUCUUUUAGUAGAAGAGAAAUGGAGAAAAAUCUUCCGUUACCCGAGCAGCAUCGAUCUUCUUACGAUCAAUUCGCUCUGGCGAAGAGACUUCACGCGGAGAAUCUCCAGCAUCAGCCUCUCCCUGACAAAGUGCACGAUUCUGUAUUCAAGAACCCCUGCCCAAGACCCUGUCGUCGACUUCCUUCGGGAAGGCUCUGUGAAUGCUGUGAACAGGUAUCUAAAAACGAUCGUAAGAACUUGAACAAACGUUAUGGACCAAUUUUAGGGUGCAAGGAGCCCAAGACGAAAAUGGAUCUGGCUAUCUGUUGGGAGACACCGGUAGAUCCUGUCUACGAACCACCUAGACCCAGUCACAUCGACGGUUCGGAAGGAGGUUUGGCGCCAGCUAUCUUCACACUCGUAGAACACGCGUCUAAAAGCUCCACAAAUUCGCUUCGCGUUGAGACCGUAAAGAAUCAGGCUAGUCCUGGCCGUUGCAAAACAGGGAGCGACCAAACGGAACGUCCUAGAAACAAACACAAGGGAGAAGAUCAGAAGAGGGAAAAAUGUUGUUGCGAGUGUUUAUGCAGAGAUUUGAACGGAGUGAACAUUUCCAAGAAGGAUGAGACGCAAUCGAGGAGAUCCUUUAGAAAGUGUACAGCUUGCGGGUCGAAAAAUGUCAAGGAUGAUCCUCGAUUGACUAAAUCGGCUGUGGGUUUGGCAUUGGGACUGGAGAAAGGUGGAAAUGGUCAGAAAAGGAACGAUGGUAAAAUGAUGGUGCCGAGACCGAGAACUCCUUUCGCUAGGAGAUCUUUUUGUAUAGAUACCUUGACGCCUCCGUUCAGCGUGGUGAAUGGAAGCAGAGAUGCUGAUUACCCAGAGCACUGGAGACUUAUGUCGGUUUAUCAGCAGUCUUAUAAGAACCCGUAUAAAAGGAGAAGCUUGUAUCAUUGUUAGAUUAUAAUACAUAGUAGAAUGGUAACUUUGUUUAUAUAGAAUAACUUUAUUUAAUUAGCUAGAAUAACGCGAGAACAAAAUAAAGUUUACUCAACAAAACUAAACUUU